CGGUGACGUCAGAGUGCCUGUACGCCAUUAGCGCUGCAGCUGUUUGGAGAGAAACAACAACAAAACGAACGACGCUCGCACGACGGAACGCGCUCUGGACCGCGGGAGCCCGACGCCUCUUUCCCUACCCCGGGCUUCACCGGCUUCUAACCACGGCCGCUCUCGGUGAGGAAACUCUGGCCUCAGCUUCCUCCUCCUCCGACUCGGACACCGGUGGAGCGUCGCCGCCCCCGCGGAAGAAGCACCGAGCCUCGGCGGCGGAGGGAGCAGGAGAGCCCGGGGCUUCAGCGGGCCUUCCGUCAGCGACUCACCUCAGCCAAACAGGCACCAACAUGCAGUCAAACGGGACCGGACAGGAGCAGAACCAUCCGCCCGGCGCGCAGAACGGAGACGCAAACGGCCUCCAGAACAACGCGAACCCUAGCGGAGCGGGCUCGGGGGCCUCGGGCACGGGUUUGGGCUCCCUGAAGAAGAAGAAGCGUUUGUCUCAGGCGGAGGAAGAUGUCAUCCGCCUCAUCGGACAGCAUCUACACGGGUUAGGGCUGAAUCAGACGGUGGACUUGCUAAUGCAGGAAUCGGGCUGUAGACUGGAGCAUCCGUCAGCUACGAAGUUCCGAAACCACGUCAUGGAAGGAGAGUGGGACAAGGCUGAAAAUGACCUGAACGAGCUGAAAGCUUUGAUGCAUUCACCCAACGCUAUUGUGCGGAUGAAAUUUCUGCUCUUACAGCAGAAGUAUCUGGAGUAUUUGGAGGAUGGGAAGGUUUUGGAAGCUCUGCAGGUUUUGAGAGGAGAACUGACUCCUCUCAAAUACAACACAGACCGUAUCCAUGUGCUCAGCGGGUACCUGAUGUGUAGUCAUGCUGAGGAUCUGAAGGCAAAGGCAGAAUGGGAGGGAAAAGGUGCCGGAUCACGAAGUAGAUUACUGGACAAACUCCAGACGUACCUGCCCCCCUCUGUAAUGUUGCCCCCUCGACGACUGCAGACGCUUCUCAGACAGGCCGUGGAAAUGCAGAGAGAUCGCUGCCUUUAUCACAACACCAAACUGGACUCCAGUCUGGAUUCUGUAUCAUUACUGCUGGAUCACGUCUGCAGCAGGAAACAGUUUCCCUGUUACACACAACAGAUCCUUACAGAGCACUGCAAUGAAGUCUGGUUCUGCAAGUUCUCAAAUGAUGGCACUAAACUCGCCACUGGAUCAAAGGACACAACCGUGAUUAUAUGGCAGGUGGAGCCAGACACUCAUCAAUUGAAGCUCUUACGGACUCUGGAGGGUCACGCGUACGGCGUGUCAUAUCUGGCCUGGAGUCCUGAUGAUGUUUAUCUGAUUGCCUGUGGUCCAGAUGACUGCUCUGAGCUUUGGCUUUGGAACGUUCAGACAGGAGAACUGCGGACAAAAAUGAGUCAGUCUCAUGAGGAUAGCCUGACCAGCGUCGCCUGGAACCCUGACGGCAAGCACUUCAUCACAGGAGGACAGAGAGGGCAGUUCUACCAGUGUGAUCUGGAUGGAAACCUGUUGGAGUCGUGGGAAGGCGUGCGUGUGCAGUGCCUCUGGUGUUUGAAUGACGGUCGGACUGUUCUCGCCUCUGACACACACCAGCGAAUCCGUGGAUACAGUUUUGACGAUCUAACUGACAGAAACAUUGUUCAAGAGGAUCAUCCUAUAAUGUCUUUCACUGUUUCUAAGAAUGGAAGAUUAGCUUUGUUAAAUGUAGCAACUCAGGGUGUUCAUCUCUGGGACCUGCAGGACCGUGUAUUGGUCAGGAAGUAUCAAGGUGUGACACAAGGAUUCUACACCAUUCAUUCAUGCUUCGGUGGACACAAUGAAGAUUUCAUCGCCAGCGGCAGUGAAGAUCAUAAGGUAUAUAUUUGGCACAAGCGCAGUGAGCUGCCGAUCAUGGAGUUGACGGGACACACGCGCACAGUGAACUGCGUAAGCUGGAACCCAUGCAUUCCUAGUCUUAUGGCCAGCGCUUCUGACGAUGGCACAGUCCGUAUCUGGGGUCCCGCCCCCUUCCUGGAUGCACAAGAGCUGGACAGUCUCAACGAGAGUUGCAGCAGUAUGGACAGUUGAUGGCAGCCCUGGAGAAAACAACUUAUUAUGACAAGAAAUCCAACAGAGAAAAAAAAAUGAUUACAGCAUUGUCCUCCACAACGACACACGAGUGCAAAUGCGAAAGCAAUUCAGAGCUUCUGUUUCAGGAGUUUUGAAGCAGCAGAGACCUGAAGCUGAUGUGUCUCCAUAGCGACCCACUUUCAAAACGAUGGAUCUGAUCUCUUUCCCAACAUGGGCUUGUUCCCACAUUACCCCCCCACCCCCCGCCCAUUAGGCCUAAAGACGAGACCCCACCUUUUUCCUGGGCAGCAACAGCAGCAGCCCUUCAGCACUUGCAAGUUAAAUAACAUGCAGGGGGGUAACCAAAGGUUUCGACCAGGUGUAUAAACUCAUUGUUUUCUCUCUCUCUCUCUCAAUCCUAAGAGACAGAGUACAAACACUUUUUUUUAAAGAAAUACUAGUCCUAGCAAUUCUCUCUUUUGUUCAUUUAGCAGUUUAUCAGAUUGGGCUUUAGUGUUGAAAAUGGAGUGCUGUAGUUUGUGUGUGUGUCAAAAGUCACUGGUGUUUGUUUGUGUGUAUGUGUUCUAAUUUCUGAGAGUUUGAGUGUUCGACUGAAUUCUGCUUUGGCCUCCCUUCUGUAGCACAGCCGUGUGUGUGAGAGAGAGAGAGAGAGAGAGAGUGUGUGUGUGUGUGUGUGUGUGUUCAUUUGUG